AUGGCACCUCUUUCGGACGAAGAAGAGAAUUUUAUCAGAUUAGCCUUGUUGUUGAAAGGAGUAACACCAAGAGCAGUCCGUACUUAUUUUGACAAAGAAUUUCCGACUACUUAUCUACCAUCAAAGUUGAAUAAAAACUAUAAUACUCUCAAUGCCUUGUUUAAAAAGAGAAUUUUAAACCAAGCUCAGUGGAACCUUUUAUUUCCAACAAAUGGUGUACCUGUUUCCAAAACUUUUGAUGUAACGUUGAUGAUAUGUUUGAUCAGAAACUUGACAUCUGUCACUCCUCCAAUCAAUGGAUUUGACAAGCUACCACUAUCAGGGGAGACAACUCCAGGGUCUGAUCUUGCCAGGAUUAAAUGGUACAGAAAUAUAUUGGCUCAUCAUGAUAGUAACACCAUGCCAACAGGUGAUUUCAAUACAGCAUGGACAAAUGUAGCAGAUGCUGUAAAUAGAUUGGGUGGUUUGCCAAUGAAUCAGGAGUGCCUAGAUCUAAAGGUAAAAAUCUUAGAUCAGUCAAACCAGGAAAUUAUGCUGGAAAUCAAACAAUCACAGGAAGAAAUGAAGGAAUUGAGACGAACAAUGGAAAUUGAACACUCUACCAUGAGGGAAAAUCUUACAGAUUUGCAAGAUUCUUGCAGUACUUUGCAAACAGAAAACUCAAGCACUAAAAAAAAUCUGAUAGAUCUGAAGAAUUCCCAUAGUGAUUUACAAAUUGAACACUCAAAAGUCACAGAGAUUUUAAAAGACCCAAUACCAUUGAACAUAAGAGGACUAAUUAAUGAGGAAUUAAAAAACUGGAAAGAAGAUGAUAAAACAUUUAUAGAAACAAACGGAGCAAAAUGUGUAUUAAAGUGCAUUAAAGAAAAUGGUUGUGUUGUUGUCACAGCAAGUUCUGGUACAGGGAAAACAUCAUUGGUGCGUCACGUAGCUUUACAGAUGCAAAAGGAAGGCUCUGAGAUUUUGUCAGUAUCAAAUCCAAAGGAAAUCAUCAAGUGGUACGAUCCAAGUAAGAAGACAUUGUUUGUAGUGGAUGAUUUUUGUGGAACAUAUAGUUUAAAUCCAAUGAAGUUUGAAAACUGGAAAAAUGUUAUGGAAAAAAUUAAGACAUUAGUAGAAAAGAAACAAGUGAAGUUAAUAAUGUCUUGUAGACUACAGGUUUAUAGGGAUAGGCAAAUGAAAGCGUUAUCAUUCUUUCAAACUUGUGAAUGCAAUCUUCAGUCUGCCGAUUUGUGUUUAUUGAAAACAGAAAAACAAUCCAUUGCUGAAUUUUACCUGAAAACAAACGCUUCUGAUAUCAGUGAAUUGUUUGACAUGUUUGACUGUUUUCCUCUUUUGUGUAAAUUGUACAGCAAAAACCCAAAACUGAACAUUGUAAAUUUCUUUACGAAUCCAUUUACAGUUUACAAAGAAGAGAUAGAUAAAUUACAGACAGAGGGAGCACAUGUCAAAUACUGUGCACUUGCUCUAUGUGUAAUGUUUAACAAUCAGUUGAAAGAAGAAUGGCUUACUGAACAUGUGGAUGAAAACAUAAAAACAAUUAUAAAAAACACAUAUGAAGCUUGUAAAGUGGUUGAAGGGACGUCACGAUUGGUUUUACGUGAUGAGCUAGAUUCACUUACACGUACAUACAUCAGAAAGGAUGGUGAAGUCUACAGAACAAUUCAUGACAAGCUAUUUGACUUUCUUGCUUUUUACUUUGGCAAUGAAAUUAUUUAUUGUUUAAUUAAUAAUGCUACAAGUCAAUUUAUUAGUGAAAGAUUUUUAUUUGAAAGAAAAAGCAAAAAUGAUGAAUUUACAAUUAUUGUACCAACGAAAUAUCAGCAAAUUUAUCUAAACAGAAUGGUUGAUGACUGGUCAAGAGGAAAGGUAGUGGAUGUUUUCUGUAACAUCAAUAUGGACGAUUGCAUCUUCGAUAAACAAUUUCUACUUCAUAUAAAAAGCUUAUCAAUAUCACAACAAAAACAAUUGGCCAGUUGCUAUGACACAGACAACAGUACUCCAUUAAUACAGUGUUGUUUUAUAGGAAAUAUUGAUUUAGUUAAAUGGUGUCUCCAUCAUUAUACCAAUAAUGUAAACCAUAGUCGUGAUAGUGAUGGAGAAUCACCUCUGUGCAUUGCUUGUCAGGAAGGACAUACUGAAGUAGUUCAGAUGUUAAUAAACAAUGAGGCAGACAUUAAUAAGUAUGAUGAUGACGAAGUAUCACCUCUGUACUUUGCUUGUUGGAACGGACAUACUGAAGUAGUUCAGAUGUUAAUAAACAGUAAGGCUGACAUAAAUAAGUGUGAUGAUACAGAAAUAUCACCUCUGUACAUUGCUUGUCAGGAAGGACACGCUGAAGUAGUUCAGAUGUUAAUAAACAAUCAGGCAGACGUUUAUAAGUGUAAUGAUGAAGAAGUAUCACCUCUGUACAUUGCUUGUCAUGAAGGACAUACUGAAGUAGUUCAGAUGUUAAUAAACAAUAAGGCAAACAUUAAUAAGUGUAGAGAUACUGGAGCAUCGCCUCUGUACAUUACUUGUCAGAAAGGACAUACUGAAGUAGUUCAGAUGUUAAUUAACAAUAAGGCAGAUAUUAAUAAGUGUAGAGAUACUGGAGAAUCGCCUCUGUACAUUGCUGGUUGGAAAGGGCAUACUGAAGUAGUUCAGAUGUUAACAAACAAUAAGGCAGAUAUAAAUAAGUGUAGAGAUACUGGAGAAUCACCUCUGUACAUUGCUUGUUGGAAAGGCCAUACUGAAGUAGUUCAGAUGUUAAUAAACAAUAAGGCAGACAUUAAGAAGUGUAGAGAUACUGGGGAAUCACCUCUGUACAUUGCUUGUUAUAAAGGACAUACUGAAAUAGUUCAGAUGUUGAUAAACAAUAAGGCAGACAUUAAUAAGUGUAGAGAUACUGGAGAAUCGCCUCUGUACAUUGCUUGUUGGAAAGGGCAUACUGAAGUAGUUCAGAUGUUAACAAACAAUCAAGCAGACAUUAAUAAGUGUAGAGAUACUGGAGAAUCACCUCUGUACAUUGCUUGUUGGAAAGGACAUACUGAAGUAGUUCAGAUGUUAAUAAACAAUAAGGCAGACAUAAAUAAGUGUAGAGAUACUGGAGAAUCACCUCUGUACAUUGCUUGUUAUAAAGGACAUACUGAAGUAGUUCAGAUGUUGAUAAACAAUAAGGCUGGCAUAAAUAAGUGUGAUGAUGAAGAAGUAUCAACUCUGUACAUAGCUUGUCAGGAAGGACAUACCGAAGUAGUUCAGAUGUUAAUAAACAAUAAGGCAGACAUUAAUAAGUGUAGAGAUACUGGAGAAUCACCUCUGUACAUUGCUUGUUAUAAAGGACAUACUGAAGUAGUUCAGAUGUUAAUAAACAAUAAGGCUGACAUUAAUAAGUGUAGAGGUAGUGGAUCAUCACCUCUGUACAUUGCUUGUCAGAAAGGACAUACUGAAGUAGUUCAGAUGUUAAUAAACAAUAAAGCAGACAUUAAUAAGUGUAGAGAUACUGGAGAAUCACCUCUGUACAUUGCUUGUCAGAAAAGACAUACCGAAGUAGUUCAGAUGUUAAUAAACAAUAAGGCUGACAUUAAUAAGUAUAGAGAUACUGGAUCAUCACCUCUGUACAUUGCUUGUCAGAAAGGACAUACUGAAGUAGUUCAGAUGUUAAUAAACAAAAAAGCAGACAUUAAUAAGUGUAGAGUUAAUGGAGUAUCACCUCUGUACAUUGCUUGUCAUGGUGGAUAUAAUGAAGUAGUAAAGAUGUUAAUAAACAAUAAGUCAGACAUUAAUAAGUGUAGAAAAAGUGGAUCAUCACCUCUGUACAUUGCUUGUCAGAAAGGACAUACUGAAGUAGUUCAGAUGUUAAUAAAAAUUAAGGCAGACAUUAAUAAGUGUAGAGAUACUGGAGAAUCACCUCUGUAUAUUGCUUGUUAUAAAGGACAUACUGAAGUAGUUCAGAUGUUGAUAAACAAUAAGGCAGAAAUUAAUAAGUGUAGAGAUACUGUAGAAUCGCCUCUGUACAUUGCUUGUUGGAAAGGGCAUACUGCAGUAGUUCAAAUGUUGAUAAACAAUAACGCAGACAUUAAUAAGUGUAGAGAUACUGGAGAAUCACCUCUGUACAUUGCUUGUUGGAAAGGACAUACUGAAGUAAUUCAGAUGUUGAUAAACAAUAAAGCAGACAUUAAUAAGUGUAGAGAUACUGGAGAAUCACCUCUGUACAUUGCUUGUUAUAAAAGACAUACUGAAGUAGUUCAGAUGUUAAUAAACAAUAAGGCUGACAUUAAUAAGUGUGAUGAUGAAGAAGUAUCACCUCUGUACAUUGCUUGUCAGGAAGGACAUACUGAAGUAGUUCAGAUGUUAAUAAACAAUAAGGCAGACAUUAAUAAGUGUAGAGAUACUGGAGAAUCACCUCUGUACAUUGCUUGUUAUAAAGGACAUACUGAAGUAGUUCAGAUGUUAAUAAACAAUAAGGCUGACAUUAAUAAGUGUGAUGAUGAAGAAGUAUUACCUCUGUACAUUGCUUGUCAUGGUGGAUAUACUGAUGUAGUUCAGAUGUUAAUAAAUAAUAAGUCAGACAUUAAUAAGUGUAGAAAAAUUGGAUCAUCACCUCUGUACAUUGCUUGUCAGAAAGGACAUACUGAAGUAGUUCAGAUGUUAAUAAAUAAUAAGGCAGACAUUAAUAAGUGUAGAGAUACUGGAUCAUCACCUCUGUACAUUUCUUGUCAGAAAGGACAUACUGAAGUAGUGCAGAUGUUAAUAAACAAUAAGGCAGACAUUAAUAAGUGUAGAGAUACUGGAGAAUCACCUCUGUACAUUGCUUGUUAUAAAGGACAUACUGAAGUAGUUCAGAUGUUAAUAAACAAUAAGGCUGACAUUAAUAAGUGUGAUGAUGAAGAAGUUUCACCUCUGUACAUUGCUUGUCAUGGUGGAUAUAAUGAAGUAGUUCAGAUGUUAAUAAACAAUAAGUCAGACAUUAAUAAGUGUAGAAAAAGUGGAUCAUCACCUCUGUACAUUGCUUGUCAGAAAGGACAUACUGAAGUAGUUCAGAUGUUAAUAAACAAUAAGGCAGACAUUAAUAAGUGUAGAGAUACUGGAGAAUCACCUCUGUACAUUACUUGUUAUAAAGGACAUACUGAAGUAGUUCAGAUGUUAAUAAAAAAUAAGGUUGACAUUAAUAAGUAUAGAGAUACUGGAUCAUCACCUCUGUACAUUGCUUGUCAGAAAGGACAUACUGAAGUAGUUCAGAUGUUAAUAAACAAUAAGGCAGACAUUAAUAAGUGUAGAGAUACUGGGUCAUCACCUCUGUACAUUGCUUGUCAGAAAGGACAUACUGAAGUAGUUCAGAUGUUAAUAAACAAUAAGGCAGACAUUAAUAAGUAUAGAGAUACUGGAUCAUCACCUCUCUAUAUUGCUUGUCAGAAAGGACAUACUGAAGUAGUUCAGAUGUUAAUAAACAAUAAGGCAGACAUUAAUAAGUGUAGAGAUACUGGAGAAUCACCUCUGUACAUUGCUUGUUAUAAAGGACAUACUGAAGUAGUUCGUAUGUUAAUAAACAAUAAGGCAGACAUUAAUAAAUGUAGAAAAACUGGAUCAUCACCUCUGAUCAUUGCUGGUCAGAAACGGACAUACUGA